GAGAUCUUCCAAAAAAGCUCUUCAAAUCUGGAUUCAAUUGUGAUCACAUUCUUAACUCGAAUCCGAAUGUAUAUUACGAAAAACAAGUCUAAAGAUAUAGACGUGUUGAAAGGCAGCUGUGGCGGAGAUGGAGAGGAAGAACUCCCGUCGAGUUCGAAAACGAAGAAUGUGUACCUUCCCAUUGAGACUUUCUGGUUGCCACCUUCGGCCGAGGCAACAGUGGAUAAGCUAAAGGGCGGAGGCCUAGGCUCGAAACUGCUUCACCCGCUAGGGUUACGGAGAUUGUCGAGAGGAAGCUUGAAGAGGGCAAUGGAAGAGAAAUAUGAUCCAAAGGACGAAGAAGCUGUUGAUAAGUUAAGGGAAAUGCUUUUUCUUGAUGGCCAAUUGCCCACCAAAUUCAAUGAUUAUCAUACGCUUCUCAGAUUCCUAAGGAUGAGAGAUUUUGAUACGACAGCAGCAAAAGACAUGUUUUUGAAAUUCAUCAAAUGGCGUGAGGAUUUUAGAACCGAUGCAAUUUCAAAGGGUUUUAAGUUUGAAGAGAAAGAAGAGGUGAAGAAAUGGUACCCUCAUGGGUUCCAUGGAGUAGACAAAUAUGGAAGGCCAAUAUACAUUGAAAGGCUUGGGAUGGUUGAUCUCAACAAAUUGUUGCAAGUAACAACACUUGAGAGAUUUGUGAAGUAUCAUGUUUAUGAACAAGAGAAGACUUUGAGCAUUAGAUAUCCUUCAUGUUCUAUUGAAGCCAAGAAGCACAUUGCUUCUACUACAACCAUUUUAGACGUCGGUGGUGCGGGGGUGUCUAACUUCUCUAAACCAGCAAGAUAUCUCUUUACAGAAAUUCAGAAGAUUGAUAGUAAUUACUAUCCUGAGACAUUAAAUCGAAUGUUUAUAGUGAAUGCUGGGUCGGGGUUUAAGAUAUUAUGGAAAGCAUUGAGGGCAUUUCUUGAUGCUCGCACAUUAGCUAAGAUUCAUGUUUUGGGAAAUAAUUUUGUUCCCGAGCUACGUGAAAUCAUCGAUCCAAGUAAUUUACCAAGUUUCCUGGGUGGAAAUUGUUGUUGUCCUGAAUAUGGAGGCUGCCUUUCAAGUGAUAGAGGUCCAUGGAACAACCCUGCGAUUCUAGCCAUGGUUCAGGUUCUCUCUUCAGCUGAUGAAACUUAUGAUAAUGAAAAAGAAAGUAGUUUGGCUUCACAAGAUACUCGACUAGACUAUAGAAAAAUACAAGCCUUGGAAGGAGCAUUAGCAGAGACCAAAAAAAAAAUUGAGGCACUAGAAACCGCAAUUGAAGAUACCAAACUGAUUUUGAAGGAUCUUACACGACAUAUUGAAGACUUGAGAACUUGAGGAACAAAAUCCAACAAAAAUGCAUGAAUUUAUUAUUAAAAAAAAGAGCUUUAUUUGGUUUCUAGUCCAAAUCUAAUG